GGCGGCCGGUUGCGGCGGGAGGCGCCCGGACCGCCCCGCGCCGCCGGGCCGGGGCAGCGCCGCGCCGGGCAUGGUGUGCGGGCGGCGGGGCUGCUCCGCCGGCCCCCGCCCGCCGCUCCCGCCGCGCCAUGGAGCUGGAGAACAUCGUGGCCAACACCGUCCUGCUCAAGGCCCGCGAAGGAGGUGGCGGCAAGCGGAAAGGCAGGAGCAAGAAGUGGAGGGAGAUCCUCCGGUUCCCGCACAUCAGCCAGUGCGAUGAGCUGCGGAAGGGCCUGGAGCCGGACUACGGCAGCCUGUGCCAGAAGCAGCCCAUCGGCCGGCUGCUCUUCCGGCAGUUCUGCGAGAUGCGGCCGGAGCUCCUGCGCUGCAUCCGCUUCCUGGACGCCGUGGCGGACUACGAGCUCUCCCCGGAUGAGAAGCGGAAGGAGAUGGGGGAGGAGAUCAUCCGUCGGUUCCUCAAGCAGGAGUCCCCAGAUUUCCUCCCCGAGGUCGGCCAGCCCCACGCGAGCCGGUGCCUGCAGGACCUGCAGAAGAGCCCCUGCAAGGACCUCUUCAGCAGCUGCCUGCGCCCCCUGCAUGAGUACCUGAGUGGGGACCCCUUCGCCGACUACCGGGACAGCAUGUAUUUCGACCGGUUCCUGCAGUGGAAGUACUUGGAGAGGCAGUCGGUCACCAAGGACACAUUCCGGCAGUACCGGAUCCUGGGCAAGGGCGGUUUCGGAGAGGUGUGUGCCUGUCAGGUGCGGGCCACGGGGAAGAUGUACGCCUGCAAGAAGCUGGAGAAGAAGCGGAUCAAGAAGCGGAAAGGGGAGGCGAUGGCCCUGAAUGAGAAGCAGAUCCUGGAGAAGGUCAACAGCCGGUUCGUGGUGAGCCUGGCGUACGCCUACGAGACGAAGGACGCGCUCUGCCUGGUGCUGACCAUCAUGAACGGCGGCGACCUCAAGUUCCACAUCUACAACAUGGGCAACCCCGGCUUCGAGGAUGAGCGCGUGGUCUUCUACGCGGCGGAGAUCUGCUGCGGGCUCCAGCACCUGCACCAGGAGGGCAUCGUCUACCGGGACCUGAAGCCAGAGAACAUCCUGCUGGAUGAUGAUGGCCACAUCAGGAUCUCUGACCUGGGGCUGGCUAUCAAGAUUCCUGAAGGCGAGACCAUCCGGGGCCGCGUGGGCACUGUCGGCUACAUGGCCCCGGAGGUGAUCAACAACGAGCGGUACACCUUCAGCCCCGACUGGUGGGGCCUGGGCUGCCUGGUGUACGAGAUGAUCGAGGGGCAGUCGCCCUUCCGCGCCCGCAAGGAGCGGGUGAAGCGGGAGGAGGUGGAGAAGCGGGUGCAGGAGGACCAGGAGCUGUACUCGGACAAGUUCAGUGAGGAUGCUCGGGCCAUCUGCAAGAUGCUCCUGGCCAAGGACCCCAAGCAGCGGCUGGGCUGCGGGGCUGACGGGGCGGCCGAGGUGAAGCGCCAUCCCUUCUUCAGGACCAUCAACUUCAAGCGCCUGGAGGCCGGUAUCAUGACGCCGUCCUUCGUGCCGGACCCCCGGGCGGUUUAUUGCAAGGAUGUGCUGGACAUCGAGCAGUUCUCGACCGUGAAGGGCGUCAACCUGGACCAAACCGACAACGAUUUCUACGCCAAGUUUGCCACGGGCAGCGUCUCCAUCCCCUGGCAGAAUGAGAUGAUCGAGACUGAGUGCUUCAAGGACCUCAAUGUGUUCGGACCCAACGGGACCCGCUCCCCCGACCUGGACUGGAGGCAACUGCCUGAGCCCCCCAAGCGGAGCCUUCUGCAGAGGCUCUUCCGACGCCACCCGGCCGAGUACACCAUCGGCACCACCAUCCACCCUCCCAACGCGGCCGCCGUGAACUCACACCCUCCCGCGGCCAACUCUGCCUGCCGAGCCCCGGCCACGGCACCGGCACCAUCCUGACCCCUCUCGUUGUCCCGGGGGAGCCGCUGGGAUGGGGCAGCCCCCAGCCCCCCCCCCGUGCCCUCUCAGGGUUAUCUUGGACCGGCUCAGGGGCCGGGGUCUCCGGGGAUGCUCGAAAAGGCGAGGCAGGAUGCUGGCGCAGAUGGAUGCGGGCUGACGUGUGUGGGCAGGGGGUGAUGGAGGGGCACUGGGGCAGGAGCAGGGUCUGCCUAACCCCAACCCUGGCAGCUCCCCAGCCCCCUUUCCCCCAGCCCCACAUCCAGCCUGUUCUCGGGGGCUCCUGCUGCAGGACCACCCCCACCUGACCCCCAGCCGCUGCUGGGGAAGGGGCCAGGGCAGGGACCUAUUUUUGCUGCGUUUGAGCCCGUUAUCUUAUCGCUGGCUCAGUGCGUGACCUCUGCGGGCACGGGGGGGCUGCGGGUUUAUCUGCGCUCUCCAAAUAGAAACAAAGGUAGCCUUGGAGCAGGGGGUGCCCCUGGCUCCCCCGGCUCCCCCCAGCCAUGCUGCAGGGUCCCCACAGUGGGAGGGAUGGGUUCGUCCUGACAGAGUCCCCUCCCCAGGGGGACGCUGCCCCCUCCCUCUUGCUCCAGCCACCACAAAGUGAACCAGGUUCAGAAAAGGGAAUUUUCUCCAACGUGGCUGGUCUGGGGGUGGGUAGGGGGGGCUCCCUUGGUCCUUACGGGACAGCUCGGGACAGCCUUGGGGUGCACCAGCCUUGCCCCGGGGCUGGUGGGAUGCACAACGGGCACAGUGCCCAUGGGGCUGGGUGUGCAAGGGGCAGCGAGCACCCAUGGGUGUGCAAAGGACAGGCAGUGCACGUGGGCGUGCAAGGGACAGCGCACGUGGGCUGGGGGGGCCGUGCCACGGGUGCCCAGGCCCCGGUGACUUUGGGUCCCAGCGAAUCUGCCUCCGGCGCCUUUGGUUUACAUUCGAUCCGGUUUUGUACAUUUGUAAACAGUUGUAAAUAUUUGUACGUUGAGUGCCUGGAUGUACAUUUUUAAGCUAAAAGUUGCAAACGGA